UCUUCCGUGUGGGCCCUCCCUGUCCCCUCUCUGUCACCUCACAGUAGUCGUUGCCGGUAUCGGGUGUGGGGGCGCGAGCAGCGCAGGGCGGCCUCUCCCCCACCCCUCAGCCCGGGCCCGGGCUCGGUCCCCCCGUCUCCCUCCGCUUCGCACUCCCGUCGGGUACGAGGGCCGUCGUGGCCGCCGUCGCCACGGGUCCCAAUGGAGCCGCCGAAUCUCUAUCCGGUGAAGCUCUACGUGUACGACCUGUCCAAAGGCCUGGCCCGGCGGCUCAGCCCCAUCAUGCUGGGGAAACAACUGGAAGGCAUCUGGCACACAUCCAUAGUUGUGCACAAGGAUGAGUUCUUCUUCGGCAGUGGUGGUAUCUCCAGCUGCCCCCCGGGAGGGACAUUGCUUGGGCCCCCAGACUCUGUGGUUGAUGUGGGGAGUACAGAAGUCACAGAAGAAAUCUUUCUGGAGUACCUCUCCUCCCUGGGGGAGUCGCUGUUCCGAGGUGAGGCCUACAACCUCUUUGAACACAACUGUAACACCUUCAGCAACGAAGUGGCACAGUUCCUGACUGGGCGGAAGAUUCCUUCUUACAUCACAGACCUGCCAUCUGAAGUUCUCUCCACGCCUUUUGGACAGGCACUUCGGCCCCUCCUGGACUCCAUUCAGAUCCAGCCUCCGGGAGGGAGCUCCGUGGGCAGACCCAACGGCCAGAGCUAACAGGACUGCCUGGGACCGCCCUGCCUCACCAGGGUUUUCCUUUUUAAACAAAACAAACCCUACCAGAUUUCUAUUUUAUAAUUUUACAUCAGAGCUAACAACCAGGGGACGGCUUUUUAAAUUUCCCAGGGAAGGAGACCGUCAGGCCGCAUGUAGACAAUGCUGCUAAGAAACAGAACAAAAUGCCACCCCUUCUAAUAGUAUUAUACUAAUUUAUUAAGGCUG